AUGACGAGGGUGGCUACAAUGACCAUAACUCGCACUCAAAACGAUACCAUUUCCGUUCCGGUGUUGACAUAUACCGAUGCUCUACCUAGGAAUGACCUUCGCGAUAUCACUCAUGGUCAAAUGAACCAUGGCAAACAGCGGGAUCUCCCACGGCCCGGUAUGGCUGAUGGUCACUUCAAGCAACCAGCCAGUGCGAAAUUCGACUUUCAACUCACUGCACCACCCGAUGAAGUUACUCCGACGAGCGCGCGAUCAAAUCGGAGCCCCAUCGGUUUACAUUCUAUAGGUGUUGCCUUGGGUAGUCCAGGAUUGGUGGAUUCCCAGGAACUGCCUCCGCCGCGGUUCAACACGGCUAUGUUUGAUCAAGCGUCACCCCGCAAGAGCAAAUGGAAGAAGAUUGGUGGAUUGUUCAGAGCAAAGAAUGCCUUAACAUCGCCUACGGCCACUCAAUCAAUUCCCCAUCAGGAGGGACCAAAGGACAAACCCAUCACGAGGACCCAGAGGAGAGAAGAUGAUACUGAGGAGUGGCCGAGGAUCGAUGAGCCCAAGGUCGGGAUUGAUACCAGUCCGAAUCGAAGCAGGAAGCUUUCCGUCUCUGGCAGAAAGAAUUCAAAAGACAAGGACGUGACUCCAAUGUUGGAUGUCAACAUCCCUGAUGUGCAGAUGGAACGGUACAGUGUCAUGUUCAGCAAAGUGAUGACCAAAAAUCACAAACCCUCACUGCUGGCCAGGAGGAGUAAGACGCUGGAUAAUCUGCGCGUACCAAGUGCCCAGGACUUCCUCACUACAAAGCUACCGCCAGUGCCACAACGACGUGCCACCUCGCCAUCACAUUCACGAUCGAGCUUUACCAUAUUCCCAGCGCAGCCAAAGGCCCAGAAAGUCGGUACUCAGAACUUUUCUCGCGGCCCAAGUCCCUUACUGAGAUCCAAUACGCUUCCCGUGAGCCCGAAAGGAUCGCCAGAUCUACGCCCUAAUAAUAAUUCCACGUUCCAAUCGCCUCCCAAUCUAUUUUCCGAGCGUUCAAAUACCCCAUCCUUAACCAACAGUUAUCGCAAAGAGGAUAAACCUCUCCCAGCCAGACCUGAGCCGGUCGCUCGGUCGCGAACAGCGCCAGUCCCGAUUCCUCAACCCAAGCGAUCUCAAUCAGACAGAAACAUAAAGGCGCACGUUCAAGGAGAAAGAUCCGUGACCGACCCACCUCGAUCCAAACCAAACCUGAGACUCCAAACCGAGCUCAAAGGACCGCCCACCCCGGCCAAAGACAAAACCCCCAAAUCGGCUCUUUCAGCAAAGACACCCAGGGAACAAAUCUCGCAUAUCUUGUUCCCAAACCUAGUCCAAUCACCUAUGGAAAUAAGAUCCUCCCCAGCAAAGGUCAAACCAGUUGUCACGGAGCGGGAAAUCACGCCAGUUCCAGCCAAAGACAUAACCUCCAAAUCGGCUCUUUCAGCAAAGACAUCCAGGGAACAAAUCUCGCAUAUCUUGUCCCCAAACCUAGUCCUAUCACCUAUGGAAAUAAGAUCCUCCCCAGCAAAGUUCAAACCAGUUGUCACGGAGCGGGAAGUCACCCCAGUCUCAAAAUCCAAAGGACCGAAAAUCGAAGUGUCGACUGCGCGCUCAAUCUCUGUAUCGAAGGGGAAGAGACAGAUUCUUAUUCCGAUCGGGGCACGGGUGGAUCAAUUAAAUCCUAAUGAGCGCUUGGUCGAGCGAAGAGCCAUGACGCCGACAAUUAUGGACGUGCAGUACGGGCAUCGACAUGGGAUUUCUCAAGAGUUACAAAUUGAGUCGAUGUGA